GGCAGACAAAACAGAAUUGUGUGCCACGUAUCUGGGCGGCGAGGGAUAGCGAUCACUUCUGCCUGGAGAAAGCAGUGAAGGUGAUACUGGAGCUAGCUGCAGGGGGGGCGGAGUCUGCAGAGGAUUUCUGGACAUCGAGUCUCAGAAGCUGCCGGAACCAAGGUGCUGCGGGAGUUGAGGGAGUCUCGGUCGGAGAUUGUUACGGGACCCGAACAAGGCCAGUCCGUCCGUGUUGUGAGCCGCCCGGGGGCUGCAGCUGCUUGGGUUGAUCUUCAUUUUGCACAGUAACAGGCCGCAGCAGCAAAGGAUGAACGGAACUCUGGGGAAGGUGCUGUGUUUGAAGAAUGAUACCAUUUUUAAGAAAGCCUUUCCUCUCUUAAGGUUCAGAACUUCAGGAGAGAAUCCCAUUUGUUCUGCAGGUGGUAUUCUACUGAGUACCAGCCGGCACUAUAAGACAAAGCCCACCCAUGGCAUUGGAAGAUACAAGCACUUAAUUCAAGAACAAGAGCCCAAGAAGAAGAAGAGAACAGUGGAAUUGAGAGCCAUUAAUUUGGGGACAGAUUACGAAUAUGGGGUUUUGAACAUUCACAUGACUUCAUAUGACAUGGCCCUGGCAGAGAGUUAUGCCCAAUAUGUUCACAACCUCUGCAACCAUCUCUCCAUUAAAGUGGAGGAAAGUUAUGCGAUGCCCACCAAAACCAUGGAGGUGUUGCAGCUACCGGAGCAGGGCAGUAAAAUGUUUGUGGACGCAAUUCUUACCACCCAUGAGCGAGUAGUUCAGAUAAGUGGUUUGAGUGCUACAUUUGCAGAGAUUUUCUUGGAAAUAAUCCGAAGCAAUCUUCCUGAAGGAGUCAAAUUGUCAGUGAAGGAGCACACUGAAGAAGACUUCAAGGGAAGGUUCAAAGCUCGGCCAGAACUGGAAGAACUGAUAGCCAAGUUGAACUAGCUCAUUGCAGGCUCUUUCUUGCCAGCACUGGUGAUAUUGAGUGCCCAGAGGAAGAGCGUUCUGAGUGGUCAAAGUUAAGCAGGUGACCCUGACCCUUAGGUGUAAGUAUCCAACCCCACAGCCAGGAAUGCGUCCUGUCCUCUGUGGAGGAGUGCUUGCCAAUUGUCACCACUUUCCUUGAGCCAACCCUAGGUAUCUUCCAUCUAAUAAAAAUUUGCUGCUGAUGGGUGUGUUUUGUUUAAAGUAAUUUAUUGAGGUGAAAUUCACAUACCACAAAGCUAACCAUUUUAAAGUGAAUAAUUACAUUCACAAUGUUGUGCAAGCACCACCUCUAUCUAGUUCCCAAACCUCAUUGCCUGUUUUUGUAAUAAAGGUUUAUUGAAACAGA